ACACCUGCUAGUGCCCAGACAUUAUCUAUACCGCCCGCGUUCAACCUGUGCGCACGGAUGCUCCUGGCCAGUGCUUCAGACAAAACACCACAAAACCGAAGAGAGAUGUCACCUUGUCAGGGACCCUCCCUGAGUGUUGUGUCUGGGCAGGAAGGCUCUCUGUGUGUUGUCCUCCGCCUCCUGCAGCAGAGGACUACACCUCCUGCAAACACCCCCCUGCUCUUCAAGGCUGCUGCUGACAGGCUACAAACAACCCCUACAGGACUCAGUUUACCCUCAGCAGUUAGCCACAGCUCACAAUCACUGCCCUGUGCUUAAAAAGAAGCAAACAAAAACCCCUCCCUCUCUCAAACUAGCUUGAUUAGGAAACUAGCCUGUUAAUGAAUUGCCAAAAAUAUAAAAAUGCUACAAGCAACACUAGCAAGGAAGGAUCAGGAUCUCCAAGGGGGUUUCCAUAGAACCUGAAGGGACAUCCUGGUCUCCACAAGCCUGACAGUGGUGGGAUUCCACACCAUGCUGUCCACCAAGAGGCACAGUACCAGCAUCCUGACCAUAAAAGAAAUACUGGAAAAAGGGUUUGUGGCCAGGGCCUCCAGCCGCACUGAUUCUUCUGUCUGCAGUUAUUGCAUGGACAAUAGCAGUGCCUCCAAACCAGACACCUGGGAGCUUCUCAUGGACUCGGACAGUGUAGCAAAAGGCAGGUCCCUGUGUGUUGUCAAGCAGUCGGAGUCUCUGAGCAGCUGUGUGAAGACUGACCUGCAGGGCCUGACCCAAAGCAUCUCUGACCUCAGCCUUGUCUGCUUCUGCAAGACCCACCACGGUCAGGCUGCCUUUGACCUGUCCAGUUUGCCUUGUGAGCACCCCAGCACAGCCGACUGCCUGAUGGAUAUGGUGUCACAGAACACCUCAACGCCAUGCAAGAGAGAAAAGCACCCCAAAUUGCUGGAGAGCCUGCUGUCCAAGAGCACUGAGCUCACUGGUGACCUCUCAACCCUUGGGAAGAUGCCAGCACCCAGAUGGGAGAUCUCAGCAAUAAAAGCUCCUCUGGAUGCCAGCCUGUCCCUUGAUGUGAGCACCGAGGAGCUGAGGUUACUGGAAUGCUCCAAACCUGACACGCCAACCCUGGAGACCUCUGUAGUAAUUCCUCUGGCUUGGCCUGGAGCCUUCAAGAGGCCUCGUGUGCUGACCCACAGGUCUGCCACCCCCGAGACCCAGCCGAGCGACCCUGAUGCUGUCCCCGUGUCUCUGCACCAGGCUCUGUGAGCCCCGGUGGGCUGCGGCGUG